ACGUGAAUACGUGGCGGAAAAGUAAUGGAUAAAUUCAACGACCGACGUGACGAAAUUGCCCUUCCAAUUUCCUAUAAAUUCAGCCCUCCUGCCCUAGUUUUCUUCGCAAUUGAAUCUCUCUUCUCUACCGUAGCAAACCAAAUCGAAUUCUUCUAAGAUGCAAAUCUUCGUCAAAACUCUCACAGGCAAGACCAUCACCCUUGAGGUGGAGUCUUCCGACACUAUCGACAACGUCAAGGCCAAGAUCCAGGAUAAGGAAGGAAUUCCCCCGGAUCAGCAACGAUUGAUCUUCGCCGGCAAGCAACUCGAGGAUGGCCGAACUCUUGCCGACUACAACAUCCAAAAGGAAUCAACUCUUCACCUCGUCUUAAGGCUUCGCGGUGGCAUGCAAAUCUUCGUCAAAACCCUUACCGGAAAGACAAUCACCCUCGAGGUGGAGUCUUCUGACACCAUCGACAACGUAAAAGCCAAGAUCCAGGACAAAGAGGGAAUUCCCCCAGACCAGCAACGUCUCAUCUUCGCUGGAAAGCAACUUGAGGACGGUCGAACCCUUGCCGACUACAACAUCCAGAAGGAAUCAACCCUCCACCUCGUGCUCCGGCUCCGUGGUGGCAUGCAAAUCUUCGUCAAGACCCUUACCGGAAAGACCAUCACCCUUGAAGUGGAGUCUUCCGACACCAUCGAUAACGUCAAGGCCAAAAUCCAGGAUAAGGAAGGAAUCCCCCCAGACCAGCAGAGGUUGAUCUUUGCUGGAAAGCAAUUGGAAGAUGGGCGAACUCUUGCCGAUUACAACAUCCAGAAGGAAUCCACUCUUCAUCUUGUCCUCCGUCUCCGCGGUGGGAUGCAAAUUUUUGUCAAAACUCUCACCGGAAAGACCAUCACGUUGGAGGUUGAGUCUUCAGACACAAUUGACAACGUGAAGGCCAAGAUUCAGGACAAGGAAGGUAUUCCCCCAGACCAACAGAGACUCAUAUUUGCUGGGAAACAAUUGGAGGAUGGCCGAACUCUUGCGGACUACAACAUCCAGAAAGAAUCUACUCUGCACCUUGUCUUGCGUCUCCGUGGUGGUAUGCAGAUCUUCGUUAAGACUUUGACUGGGAAAACCAUCACCCUGGAGGUUGAGAGCUCCGAUACCAUCGACAAUGUGAAGGCGAAAAUUCAGGACAAAGAAGGCAUCCCCCCAGACCAGCAAAGGUUGAUCUUUGCCGGAAAGCAGCUGGAGGAUGGAAGGACCCUAGCUGAUUACAACAUUCAGAAGGAAUCAACUCUUCACCUUGUCCUUCGUCUCCGUGGUGGUUUCUAAAUCUUUCUUCUGUAUGUGUUUGGUGGCCUUGUGGAAGAAUUUGGGAUCUUUUUCUGCUUUAUAUUUUUCAAGUAUGUUGUUUGUAAAUGUUCUCUCAAGUUCGCAAUGGGGAGAACAUUGUUAUAUAUGAUAUGUAUAAUAUAGUUUGUGGGUUCAGAUAAAUAAAUUGAAGUUACUUUUCUCCCAGGAA